AUGGGGGAGGUGCCAUUGGCUUCACUCUCCCUGACCCACGUUCAUUAUAACCCCUCUGAUCCCCUGUCCUUCCUCUCUGCCUGGCUCGCUCUGGUUCCGCAGGCACUAUGUGUGGCCUACGUCACUCUCAUCUGGGCUACAAGGGAAGCCGAGGUGCUUCUCAUGUUUGCCGGGCAGAUGGGCUGUGAGGCCUUGAAUUUUGUGCUGAAACGUAUAAUCAAAGAGGAACGGCCAAAGCAAAUGUUCGGUAAAGGCUACGGUAUGCCGUCAUCUCAUGCCCAAUUUGUCUCUUACUUCGCCGUGUACCUGUCGCUGUUUCUUCUCUUCCGACACGCCCCUACCCUGCCUCAUUCGGACGCGAAACUACACUACUUCCUCAGAUUAGUGCUUUCUGUGGGACUAUGCUUUGGUGCCGGUAUGGUGGCCAUUAGUCGGGUUUACUUGAACUACCAUACCCCGAAGCAGGUCCUAGCAGGCUGUGGUGCUGGAGUUGGGUGUGCGCUGGCUUGGUUUCUUGUGACGGAAGUGAUUCGAACCUAUGGCUGGCUAGACUGGGCCUUAGACCUGUCAAUAUCCAGGCUUUUCAGAAUCCGGGAUUUGGUGGUAAGUGAAGAACUUGACGAAGCCGGAUGGCAUCGGUGGCAAUCGAAGCGGAAGUUGAAACGUCAAGAAAAUAGGGAUGACCAGUCCCGCAAAUCGGAGUAA